AUGCAUCACCCAGCAAGCAUGUCCCUCCCGCUCACGCCCACAGCUCAUUCCUCUCCCCCGCUUGGCACUCCCCACAACAAGCCGCCAUUCUUCAUUUUUUCAUUUUUAAACCUCCCCACGUACCACCUUCCACUUCCUCCACUGUCUCACACUGCUCCGGCCCAUCAAGUACCAUCCUCCGCUUGCGGUCACGAACAGCCCCGAUCCCCGUCCCACGCCUUCCCUCUCUCUCUCUCCCAUCCGUCCGGGCCCCCUGCCUGA